CGUCAUUGAGCUCAGCAAGCUCAAUCAGGAACAAGACCUCCCUCCCGAAACGAGUUCUGACGAUGCAAUUGCAUCAAUUAUUCCCGUCUUGGGAAAGCGAUUCUAUCAUGUCCAUUUUCAAUGACUUAUUUAUUUUCCCCAUGAUAGUUUGUUCUCCUAAUAAUAUUAGUGCUUUUUCUACUUCGUCUAUAUGACAUAUGCCGGUGAUAGAAUCAAAUCUGUAUUAGCUAUCUAAGUUAAUAGCCAAGUCACAAUGCUACGAGGCACGCGGUCUUUCUUAACAAGGUCAUCCAGGGCAAUUGUUUCGCCAAAACCCUCAGUAUAUUUGCCGUCAAGGUCACAAAACCGGACGGCAACUAUAACUACCAAGUCCAGUUCAAUAUACCCAAGAGCGCCUAUUUUUCGCAACAUCGCGCCAAUACAAAAGGUUCAGUAUGUCACCAAGACACCUAGUGGCUUCCAACAGGGAAGAGAUCCAGAAGUGGUGACCACGGAGUCAAGUGUUCGUCAUUUCUAUGAACCCAGUGGCCAGGAGGCACAGAAACCAAUUAAGCGUGCCGUCAGGGACGAUUUGGAAGGUGUGAAGGAUACUUUUGACCUUUCGAGCGUUCCAAGAGAGCCCUAUAUACUUGGCCUCGCGGGCACCUUGCCGUAUCUCGCCACGUCUAUCUCUACCGUUUAUCUUUCAUGGGUUUUGAAUACUACGUGGCCGACUACAUCCAGUUUCCUAAAUAGUAUCCUCGUCAGCCAUGAUACUGCUCGACAAUUGCUAAGUGUCAUCGAGCCCAUACAACUAGGAUACGGCGCCGUCAUAAUCAGCUUCCUUGGCGCGGUUCAUUGGGGCAUGGAGUUCACCGAAAAGACACCCAACCGAGAACGCACACGGUUCCGGUAUGGACUCGGUGUGCUGGCCCCUAUAAUAGCCUGGCCAACUUUGCUCAUGCCUAUGGAUUUUGCACUGACAUCUCAGUUUGCGGCUUUUCUCCUGCUGUACUUUGCCGAUUCUCGAGCUACCGUUCGGGCUUGGGCACCCUCAUGGUAUGCCACAUACCGGUUUGUAUUAACUGCUGUCGUAGGCGCUGCUAUUUUUAUCAGCCUUAUCGGGCGGAUGAAAGUUGGCGAUGCGAAGCCGAGGCUAACAGGCUUGGAUGAGAAGCUACACGAACGAAGGGGCGAGGAGGAUUAUACCGAGAAAUGGGAAAACCUUGAGAAGCAGGAGAAAGAAAAAUUAAGAAAAGAAAAAGAGGCCGAAGAGGAGAAGAAGAAAGAAGAGGGAAAGGAGAAUGCGAAGAAGUCAAGCAGUGGGGAGGAAGAGGGUGAAGGAGGAAAGAAGGAUGAAAAGAAGGACGAUAAGAAGGACGACAAGGAGGGUGAAAAGGAUGAGGAUAAUGGCGCGGAGGAAGCGAAACAAGAAGGCAAGAAAGGUGACAGCAAGUAAACGUGACGACAAGAUACGAAAAGCUAUAUACCUUCCAUCCUUACUCGGUAUGCUUGGCGAGAUUGGUAGGGAUGGAUCUCAGAGAUGGAUGUUAAAUAUGGUAUAUUGUACUUAUUACGAACGCCAGGCAUUUUCAUGCGAAUUUUCCCGCAUUAAGGUGGUAAGCGAGCAAGCGAACCUGCGAACCUUAUACUUUGCCAGCAUGGCUCAAAAGAAGAAUUACAUUGAGAAGAAUUUCUAAAAAUAUAAUGCUUCAAUUAGUUAAACGUAUUAAUUAGCGACUAACCGUUAGAUGUAAAAGAGUAU